UAACUCGGUGCUGUUACUGCUGAAAAAAAAAAGUUUUGAAAGAGAGGAGGAAAGAAAAGGGGAGAGGGGAAAAAGUGGGCAACAACUUCCAACCGUCCCGGUUCUUAUACCGGAGAGAUUGUCGUCAUCAGCAGCACCCCCAGAUAUCUCUCCCCCACCUUCCCCCCCUCCCCCGGCUCGGUUCCCUAAAUGGACGCGGCAGUUUCGGUGUGUGCAGUUCAGCGAGGGCCAACACACUGGAAGCAGCUUCAGUUUGGCGUGUAGACGGGGGAGGACGCUGAGAAAUGCCCGGCUGCCUCGCUGGAGCUCAGCUCUGAGCACUUUUGCUUUUGCGUCUUGGCUCUUUUUCAUUGGAGGUGGAGAGGAACUCUACUCACAAAGUUUACUACAGAAAGGAAAAGUAAAAAAAAAAAAAAAAAAAAAAAAAGAAAGAAAAAAAAGUGGCAGCUCUCACACUUUAGCCCUCGCUAUGGAUUGUUUAUAUUUAUUGAUGUGCUUUUCACUUUGUCAAGUAUGUAUGGACCAUAUUCUGGCUGCGGAAUCAGAGGAAAAACUCUCUGGAAAGUUAAGUGAAUAUGGUCUUAUGGUGCCAUUCAGCACAGACUCCCAGGGCCAGUACAUUUCUCACGUGGUUUCUGCUGGAAGUGGAAGUAAAAGUGAGGCUGCUGAUGAGAAUCUCUCAGCUCCUGGCAGCAGAAGAAGAAUGGCCCGCAGUGCCCCCCAGACGCCCUCAGUCACCUCUAGUACGGGUCAGCACUUGUUUUUCAAUGUCACCUUGUUUGGGAAAGAGCUCCACCUUCGCCUGAAGGCCAACAGGAGGCUGGUGGCGCCGGGAGCUUUCGUGGAAUGGCAGGAGGACUUUAAGGAAAAGACCAAGGAGCGCAUCCAUCGGGACUGUGUCUUCACCGGUGAUGUGACCGACAUGCCAGAGGCCUCUGUGGCCAUCAGCAACUGUGAUGGACUGGCAGGCCUGAUCCGCACUGAUAAUGGCGAGUUUUUCAUUGAACCACUUGAGAAAGGCCAACAGGAUGUGGAAGUAAAGGGCCGAGUGCACGUGGUCUACCGCAGAUCGGCCAUCAAGCGGGAGACGGGCCAGCGGAAAGAGGACUUACUCAAUGAAGUGGCAGAUGUUGGCAUCGCAGACCUUCCUGCAGCUCUGGAUUUGGUUGAACAUAAACUCUCUGAGUCCGAGCGCAAAAGGAGGCACGUGAAAAAAGACGACUACAACAUCGAGGUUCUGCUGGCUGUGGAUGACUCAGUGAUCCGUUUCCAUGGCAAGGAGCACGUGCAGAAUUACGUUCUCACCCUAAUGAACAUUGUUGAUGAGAUCUACCAUGAUGAGUCUUUAGGAACCAAUAUCAACAUUGUGCUCGUCCGCAUGAUAAUGGUGGGGUACAGACAGUCCGUAAGCCUUAUUGAGCGUGGUAACCCCUCCCGCAGCCUAGAGCAGGUGUGCCGAUGGGCCAACACUCAGCAGCGCCGUGACCCUGAGCACGCCGAGUACCACGACCACGCCAUCUUCCUCACAAGGCAAGAUUUUGGUCCCGCAGGUAUGCAAGGCUAUGCUCCAGUGACUGGCAUGUGUCACCCUCUGAGGAGCUGCACCUUGAAUCAUGAAGACGGCUUCUCCUCUGCCUUCGUCGUUGCUCACGAAACUGGUCAUGUGCUGGGCAUGGAGCAUGAUGGUCAGGGGAAUCGCUGCGCUGAUGAAACCAGUAUGGGCAGCAUCAUGGCCCCACUUGUCCAAGCAGCUUUCCAUCGCUACCAUUGGUCACGUUGCAGCAAACAGGAGCUCAACAGAUAUAUUCACUCCUAUGAUUGCCUCCUGGAUGAUCCCUUUGAACACAAGUGGCCCAAGCUUCCUGAGCUUCCUGGAAUUAAUUAUUCAAUGGAUGAGCAGUGCCGCUUUGACUUUGGUGUUGGUUACAAAAUGUGCACUGCUUUUCGAACCUACGACCCUUGCAAGCAGCUGUGGUGCAGCCACCCUGACAACCAGUAUUUCUGUAAAACCAAAAAAGGCCCUCCAGUAGAUGGGACGGAGUGUGCACCUGGAAAGUGGUGCUUCAAGGGUCAUUGCAUCUGGAAGUCCAGCCAGGAGCCUCAAGGGCAUGAUGGGAACUGGAGCUCCUGGUCAAAAUAUGGGUCAUGUUCCAGGACGUGUGGAGGUGGAGUUCGUUCCCGCAGCAGGCAGUGCAAUGACCCCCCGCCUGCCUACGGUGGUCGAGACUGCCCAGGCUCUGCAUUUGACUACCAGAUGUGCAACACAGAGGAGUGUGCUGGCCCUUAUGAAGACUUCCGCGCUCAGCAAUGCGUCCAGCGGAGCAACAAAUACCACAACAACAUCAAGCACACCUGGCUGCCAUAUGAGCACCCAGAUGAGGCUCGUAAAUGCGAGCUAAGUUGUAAAUCGAAGGAAACUGGGGAGGUGGUGUUCAUGAACCAGGUGAUGCAUGAUGGGACGAGGUGCAGCUACUCAGACCCCUUCAGCGUCUGCGCUCGAGGAGAGUGUCUGCACGUUGGCUGCGACAAGGAGGUUGGCUCUUACAAAGACGAGGAUAAGUGUGGCGUUUGUGAGGGGGAUAACUCCCACUGUCGGACUGUGAAGCUAACACUCACUAAGACCCCUAAAAAGAAUGGAAUGCUUAAAAUGUUUGAUAUCCCAAUGGGAGCCCGACACAUAAUCAUUGAAGAAAACAAUACCUCCCCCCAUAUUAUUGCUGUGAAGAAUCAAGUAACUGGGCACUUCAUAUUAAAUGAAAAAAGUGAAGCCGCUGAAUCGAAGACCUUCAUUGAAAAUGGUUUACAGUGGGAUUACUCCGUUGAUGGAGAGAGGGAGACAUUAAAAACAACUGGUCCUCUGCACGAAGGCAUUGUGGUUCUGGUCAUUCCACUGGAAGAGGACGUCAAAAUUAGUUUGACUUAUAAGUACAUAAUACACGAGGACCUCCUGCCACUUAUUACCAACAACAACGUGCUUCUUGCCGAGCUGGACACAUAUGAGUGGGCACUGAAAAGCUGGUCUCAGUGCUCCAAACCAUGUGGCGGAGGAAUACAGUACACAAAAUAUGGAUGCAGGAGGAAGAGUGAUGGCCGUUUAGUCCAUCGAAACUUUUGUGAAACCAGCAAAAAGCCUAAACCCAUCCGCAAACGCUGCAACGUGCAAGAGUGCAGUCAGCCCGCAUGGGUGGUGGAAGAUUGGAGUCCCUGCAGUAAGACCUGUGGGAAGCUCGGCUACCAGACCAGGGCAGUGCAGUGCAUGCAGUCGCUCUUCAAUGGCACCAGCAGGGCUGUCCACAGCAAACACUGCACAGGCGAUCGGCCAGAGCUGAGAAGAGUGUGUAACUACACUGCAUGUCCCGCUCAGUGGAGAACAGGGGCAUGGUCUCAGUGCUCAGUGACCUGUGGUGAAGGGAUUCAGCAAAGGCAGGUGGCUUGCAAGGCCAGCGACAGCGCUGUCACAGAAUGUGAGGAUGAGAAGCCAGAAACUGUGCUUAUCUGCAAACUAAGUCCAUGUUCAGAUAAUUCUACAAUGAAGGACAAUGCAGUAUUCCAUGGUGUUUCUGAAAGCCCCUUCCAGAAACUUUCAUCUAAUGAGCCAUGUCUUGGGGAUAAAUCAAUUUUCUGUCAAAUGGAAGUUCUGGCUCGCUACUGUUCCAUCCCUGGUUACUAUAAGCUUUGCUGUGAGUCAUGCAACAAAAAGGAAAGCGACACUACACAUGUUCCUGACUCCAGCUCCAAGACUGAAGCUGAGACCUCCACACCGUCCCAUUCUGCCUCAGCCAAGGCAUCGUGGCUGGCAUCCACCACUCCAAGCCUGCCGCAAACCACUAAAACCAUGAGACGACAGUUGUUCUCCACCAUCCCUUCGCCAACCACGGCUGCCGCUGCUAAGAUUCCUCCACCAACAAAUGCUGCUCUGUCCCCACAUCCCACCAUCGACUCCUUACCAAACAAAGAGAGGAGAGAUUCCCACAUGGAUACUCGUCUACCUCCAGGGCCGCAGCAGCCCAAGCAAGACUCGAGUGGAGGUGUAUCGAAAGAGCGCAAUCCGAUGAGCACUUUAGGCCCUGUUGCCACCAGAUCAAGAAGGGACAAUUUAGGAUCAGAGAGGGACUCAAGUCACAGAACCUUGUUGGCUCAUCAAUGAACUGUGAGCAUUAGUGGGACUGAAUAGAAAAGUCAGCUCACUUCUUGUCUGUGUUUUUUUAACAAUGUUUUUCUGUAUGCCAGUGAACCCUGACAAGCCCAGUGAUGGUUACCUCAUCAAAACCUCAGAGCAAAAUGUGUGAAGCAUCUGCACACACUCUGUUCUCUGUGCUUAAAAUAUGAAGCAGAAGAAGAAGAAGAAGAAAAAGUCAAUACACAGGUGCUGUAAACUAAUCAGACUACAGGACAUGUUCAAAAUGUGAUGACUGCAUAGCUACAUUCAUGUUUUAUAUCUGUGUACAGUUGUGUUAGCCUGUUUUUUUCAAGUGCAUUAGAACUACUAUUGAACUUGGAUUGUGAACAUGUUGGUGCAUGUGCCCACCAUAGCUUCAUUAGUGUAACACCAGAACAAUUGUUGGCCCUUUUCCGGAUAAAAACAGAAUUGUUAUUAGAUCAUGAGGAAAAUAAUUGAUCUCUUCAUUACCUCUUUGUGCCAAGAAAUCUUCAGGUUGGACUUUAGAUAAUCUGGUUCACUUAGAAAAAGGUUUCAUUGGCUCUAGCAGCCUUUAUUUGAUAGAGAUUAUACAGGAAACAGAGAGAGAAGAGAGAAGAUGUGUAGCUAAGGUAUUCUGGCCAAGUCUCGAACCUGCAAUGGUCGUGUUGAGGACUAAGGCCUCCGAAUGUGGAGGGCUUUUUGUUGACUUUACCCCUGCACCACCACAGGACUUCAUCUGGUUCAUUUUUUUUUAACUUAAUCAUAAAUUAUCACCCAAAUAUACCCAGUAGAGGUUUAAUUGGCACCCAUAUUGAUUGAAUUCAAUUCUAUUUCAAUACCAAAAUUAUUAAAAAUAAUAAUUUUUUAAGUAGAAACCCAUUUUUACUGGGUGGAUAAAUCUACUGUAUUACAGAAUAAUUCAUUCAUUUUUUAUCAGAUGGCCAUGGUGCAUUAUUUAAAAAGUAAAAUAAAAUAAAUCAAACAAAAAAUAGAAUUGAUGAUAACAAUACAAUUUAUGAAACCAAAAUAAUUUGACAGGUCAAAAGCUGAUUCCUUCACUCUUUAAAAGAGUGAAGGGGCUGUACAUAAUGUGUUUAAAGACUAAAACUUAUGUUGGAAAUGAAUAAAUUACCGUUGAAAAGAAUAGCAGAGGCUAUUUUUUAGAGUACUUCAGCCCUUAUUUCUCACCUUUCCUAACAUAUUUAGAAUUUAUAAUCUGCAUACUUUAUAAUCUUAACAGCAAUGAGGUUUUAUGUUUCAGUCUACAGAAAAGCAAACUUUUUUUAAGGCUUUCAAGCAACUAAGCUCCAUAUUUUUCCCAGGCUUACAGAUUCUUGUUGAAAAGUAGCACUGAUGUGACAUUGCCAAUUAGUAUUAAAGAUUAAGGCAUUCACUGUCUUGCAUUAUUUUAGUCAUAUUAUAAAUCUUGCUAUCCAAAUUGAACCUAGAAGCAGAUGAUGCAAACCCAGCAAUUAAAAAAAAAAAGUUUUUUGUAUUGAUUUGUUUCAUUUUAGCUUCACAGCUAAAAUCAAUAACAUAAUUUUUUUAAGUGUGUAUUUUUUUUCUGGUGGCACACUGAUAAUUUUAUGGUCUGCAUUUCUGGCAGGGACCUCACUGCUUCCCUGCCUGUGGUGCUCUUUUUUUAUUGCUAUUUUAUUUUCCAAGUCAAAUGAUGAUUUAUCUUAAAUGAAACCAAAUUAUGACUUUUGCAAGAGAACCCCUUCGUACUGUAGCAUGUCCUCUGUUCACCUUUGUGGGACUUGAUGCUUUAAGGACUAACAAAAAAAAAAAGAAAAACUUCAGAAAGAACAUGUUAUGAUAUUUUUGUAACUCCCACAAUUUUAAGAUAAUGUACAUAGUGUAAAUUACAUGUUAAAAGCAUUUGGAAUUAGAAACAAUAGACAAUGCUACAAGUCCAUGAACUGAAGCUGGAAAUACUUUUACACAGUUCCUGCUCUCGAGCUAACAACUUCACUAUGUUCAAUGUAUAGUUCUUGUAUAUACGUACAUGAAUGAAAGCUUUAAGUGUUAAUAUUUAUUGAAUUUCUAAGUGGUAAAGUGAACAAAGUAAAAUUCAUUUAAAAGUA